AUGCAAAACACUACUCGUCAAAUAAUUAAGAAUUUCGCUUAUCUUAUAAAUAAUUAUGGUUUUGUUCCGAAUGGUGGACGAAUCUAUUAUUUACGCCGAUCACAACCACCACUAUUUAUUCCAAUGGUUUACGAAUAUUACGCAGCCACAAAGAACGACGAUUUCUUAAUCUCAGUAAUUGAAACUAUGGAAAAGGAACUAUUCUUUUGGAAGACGAAACGCACUAUAACCUUAGAAAAGAAUGGUCGAAACCAUACAGUAUUUCAUUACCGAGCUGAUAGUAACGUACCAAGAUCGGAAUCAUAUCUCGAGGACUAUGUAACAGCUCAGCAUGUACUGUCACCAAAAAAGCAUGUUCUGUGGCGUAAUAUAGCAAGCGCAGCUGAAUCAGGAUGGGAUUUCAGUAGCCGUUGGUUUACUGAUCGAAAAACAUUGGAAACUUGCGAAACAUCAAGCAUAGCACCGGUUGAUUUGAAUGCAUUUAUGUGCUGGAAUAUGGCUAUACUGGCACAUAUACAUGGUCAUCUUGGAAAUCUAACACGUCAAAAUGAAUUAAACAAAGAACGACAUGCUUUCAUAGACACAUUUACUGAGGUAUUUUAUGACAAAAAGGAAAAAGUAUGGUUUGAUGUGAAUAUAAAAACUGGUAAGCGGAACUACGAAACAUAUUCUUCCACUGCAAUACCACUAUUUGCUGAAUGCUAUCAUCGGUUGGACACACGAAUGGUAACUGAUGUACUCAAGACAUUACAACGCAGUGGAAUUCUGAACUUCCCCUUUGGAGUUCCUGCUAGUUUGAUCAAAGGAACGAAGCAACAAUGGGAUUUCCCAAACGGAUGGCCAAAUGUGAAUCACAUGAUUAUUGAGGGAUUACGAAGAUCUAAUUGCUAUAAGAUGCAACAAAAAGCGUUCGAUAUCGCACAAAAAUGGAUCAACCUCAAUUAUCAAGCUUAUUUGAAAGAUGGCAAAAUGUGGGAAAAAUAUGAUGUUACCAAGCAGUACGAGACAAAAGCUGAAGGCGGUGAAUAUGAGACUCAGAAUGGCUUUGGUUGGACGAAUGGGGUAGCACUCGAUCUAAUGGUUACCUACGGGAAAUUAUUAUCAUUUAAUGAUCAAGUAAAGAAUAACACUGCUUGGAGCACUACAAAUAUAACUACUAUUUCUCUUAGUUUUGUUUUAUUAUUAACAAUGUCACUUUUAUUACUGAUUAAUGAGAAUCUAAUCAUUAUGAUAAUGAUAUGA